AUGCAUAUGGCCCAGCUACUCUUCCAACACAACGAUCUUGUCCCUUCAGAAGACGACUGCCGAAACAAAUUUGUUGCCCGCCAACUAUUUCAUACACUGGCGAAACAAGGUCGACUAUCAACUUUUGGGUUCGUGGAGGAUAACUGGUCCGCCCAGUCCAACACCCUACCUUCAAAUUCCUCAGCCCCAAAUGGGUCAGACUCUUUUCGGCUUUGCUGCGAUGACUUUAGGCCGGCUAAUAUUCUUCUGAAUCAAGAUGACAACAUACUUGCGAUUAUCGACUGGGAUGUUUACGAUAUGCGGCUGGAGACUUGGCUAUCAGCUAUGGAGGACGCGGAGGAAAGCAUAGAGCCUGAUUCACUACCAUUCAAACUAUCCACGUAUAUGCGUGAGAGCUGGGAAAAUGGCCGAUUCUGGCUCAACUAUGCUGCGAGAAAGAGUUGGGCCUUUGAUACAGUCUUUUGGAAAUACUUGGACGAAAGAUUCUUCGGUACUCGGGAAAGGAAUGUUCCAGAGCACGAGCUAUGGAAGACAAGAAUAGAUCUUCUGGGAGAGGGAGAAAGAAGAGCUAUGGAGCCAUUUGUGAAGAGAAAGAUGGAGGAGUCGAAAGAACGGAUCCUAAUGGACUGGAAUCCAGCGGAGGCAAAGAAACUCGUGACUGAGAUAUUGCUCAAUUAA